UGCCUCUACUUUGAUUGUGAUACAUUAAUGACUGGAUUUGUUGGCUCUGUGAAUAUAUUCUAUGAUCAUCUAUCUGCAUUCCAUAACGGCCUGCUUUAUCAUGUCGUUGUUCCCACAGGGUGAGUGUAGAGGAAGGGCGUUUCUGAAUCAUUUCUUCUAUUUUUAACUUGUAUAAAAGGAAUCAGGGACAUGAACCGAAUUGCAGAUGGUCCCUCAUCUUCGACAACAAGGAUACUGAAAGAGAAUUGUGAGCUAGCGAUAACUCAAUUCUUGAGCACUCGGUGUCAUAUUGUGUUUUUGAUAGCAGAGGCCGGAGAUAAUAGCAUCAUGCACGCAGGUAUGUUUUGAUGUUGAUGUAUAGCAUCUUCACGUUCAUGCUACGGCAAUAAGAGUUCGUGGGCUGUCGAAUUGGUCUUGUCGACAGACCUGGCGUUUUGUACCAAAAGAAACAUCAAGCAUCAGUGAUGAAAGGAAGGGAUAAGACAUAUAUCGUUACCAUUUUCUAGGCCUGAUCAUCAUUUUUCGAUACAGGAACUCUUAUUUCUUACUGCAUAGCCACCAAAAUUAGUUCAAUUGGAGUUUGAAAUUUACUUGUUGUUCUCAAGAAUGAGGAUUCAAAGUUUGAUUGAAAGGUGUAUUCACUUCUCGAGUUGGUGGCGGCGAGUGCAUGGGGCUUAUGAAAUAAUGGUUACAGCCUAUCACAAGUGUAGAGGCCCGUUUAUACUAGGCCUAAUUGUAGUGGCAUUAUUUAUAUUGGUUGUUGUAUGAGCUUUUACCAGUUGGAUCAAUAAGGUUGCAGGUCACCGGCCGAAAUAAAAAUAAUACUCAUUUCGCUUCACCAUCCCGCGGUUUUCGACCAGCGAAGAAAUCCCAAAGGAAGCACGUUGCCGAAUUAGUCCAAUAUAUUUCAACUCCGCCUAGGAUUUGUAGUUUCAAAAAUAUAGGACGACGAAGACAAUAAGCACUGCUUAUUAUUAUUCCCCUGGGCAGUAUCUUCUACUUAUCUCAAUUUCUCGUUUUGAAGUUCGCUCUCUUUCUCUUCCUUGGCUUCUUUCUUUUCAAAGCUAAUCUCAACUUGUCUGAAAUGCAUUCGAAAAAUCUAAGAAUGAGGCUGUUGACCUUGUUGUCGAUGAGUGUCUUGUUCAAUCUAGCAACAGCAGCAACAGUAAACGGAUCAUGUGCAGCAAUUGCUAAUAUUUUCAAAUCAUAUAGCUCUGUCCAUCCAACAGGUAAAGAAAAAUUUGCCUGUCUACAGUUCGUGACUAAUAUAAUAUUCUAGCAACAAACCAUCCGACCUUUAAUGCAUCUGUCGCCCUUCAGUGCCUUCAAUCUGUACCCUUAGAUGUGCAACGUUCAUCGAAUUUUGUUGAUUACAUAGAGCCAUUCUGGCAGUUCCAGAGUACUCUAGCUUAUCUCAAAGACCCUCCGCCGGAUUAUCCAUUACCUGGGGCUGACAUGCUCGGAGGGCUGGCGGAAAUCAAAGACAGUAUCAACUCAGGAUAUUAUGCAAACCAAUGGGAGUUUGAAAAGGACCUUUAUGCCCUGGGAAAUAUUUUGCCUCAUGAUUUUCACGUCAAUCUACCUCUCCCUCUGAUGAGCGUCUUCUCGUUCUCUACUUUAGAUGGACCGCUGGUAUCGAUAUCAUCCGAUGGCUUAUCACUUCCAGAGAUAUACUUUAAACGUAUGUUCUGCUAUGCAUACCCUAUUUUUAUCAUUCGGCGAUUGAAAAUUAAUUUUGCACAGAUGAUCUUGACAAGCAGAGAAAUAUGACACUAUCGAAAACGGGAAAUUGGACAGCGUCGCCGCUGGUCAAAGUCAACGAUCAAAAUGCCACUCUAUAUCUUGAAUUCCUCAGUCAGAACACGGGUAUUUAUCAAGACAAUGACGCCAACUACAACCAAAUGUUCUAUUCGUUGCCAAAUCUGGCAUUUUUUGGAAGUAGUGGAUCGUUCACCUCUGGAGGGUAUCUUUAUGGAUUUUCAGCAGACGUUAUAAGAUACACCUUCGCCAAUGGAUCCGUCGUAAACGCGAGAACCCAGGCAUCGACAAGCGUCAACUUCACAUCCAUAUCUUCGGGACAGGAUCUGUUUAAUGUUGUAGAUCUACCAAAAUCAGAAUCAGCUUCUUCGAGUUCCUCGGCCUCGGAUGGUCGGCAAAGCACGAAAACCAAGACCGCAGUGAGAUCUAUUACAUCACUUGCAGGCUAUCCCGAGCCAAUUGUAAUGCAUCCGGAUGGCUACACAAGCGGUUAUUUCUUUGAAGACACGAUGACUGCAAUAUUAGUGAUGCAGGGUUUCAUUGACCCUUACGAAACGGACAGCAAGGCAGCACUCGAACAACAAAGAGUGAUUAGUGAGUUCUUAGCAGAAUGCAAGAAGGCCAAAAUGGAAUACUUAAUCGUAGAUGUACAAGCAAACGGAGGUGGUGAUUUGUUCAGCGGAUAUGAUGCUCUUAAACAGAUUUUCCCAGCCCUCGAACCGUUCGGGGCAUCAAGAUACCGAGCUACACCGCUUGUAAACUACAUGGGUACCAUAUUUACUGGCGCCGGAACUUAUGAUGCUAGCCAUGAUUAUGUCUAUCAGACACAGUCACAGCUUGAUGGCAAUGGACAGCCAUUUCAAAGUUGGAACCAGGAAGACCCAAACACACCAAUCUAUGGUGACAACUUCACUGCGGAACUUCGUUACAACCUCUCAGAUCUCGUCACGAUGGUAGGCUACUUACUUGGCUGUAAUUCAAUUCAUGCUAAAUAUUCCCAUAGUCUCAAUCAGGUGGUAUUAAUGUAACAGGCUACCUAAGCGACAGCAACCCUCCUCCAGCUGUCUUCAAUGCCUCAAACGUUGUGAUGCUCAUGGAUGGUGGUUGUGGUUCUACUUGUGCCAUUUUUGCUGAGAUGAUGAAGGCUCAAGGUGGUGUUCGAAGUGGUACAUUAGUAGAUCUUCAGCUGCAUUGAUUAUUUCCACUGACAGAUCUUUAGUUGCAGUUGGUGGUCGCCCGCAACCAGGCCCUCAACAGGGCGUCUGCGGCUCGAAGGGCGCGCAAGUGCUUACAUACAGCUCUAUUGCUUCUCACAUUGAAGCUCUACCAGAUGCGCAAGCGUCUUAUCUCCAGAAAGGCCUCCGGUUACCCGAUUAUCCAGCCCCGGAAUAUAUCCCAAAUAUUAAUGCCAAUGUGUCUCUUGGGUUCACUUCGACCCUAAUGUCUGGUGGACGUUUCAACCUCCGAAACAAUAUGCAUGAUGGUGAUGAAACAUUUACACCCUUACAAUUUCAAUACGAAGCUGCAAAUUGUCGCUUGUUCUAUACAAAAGACGAUAUCUACGAUAUCACGGGAUUGUGGAUGAGAGUUCAGUCAGUUGUAUGGAGAGGCCAACCCUGUGUAGCGGGCAGUACUAUUGUCGAUGAUGAUACAAUGCCCGCGGGAGCCUACGAUACGGUACCAUUUGGGGAUUCAGCUUUACCAAACAUUGAGCUACCAGCACAACCAGGCCUUGUACCUAUUGACAAAGGAGUCAAAUCUUGGGCUAGUGAAAGCGGAAGUAGAGAGGAGACUGCACAAAAAGCAUUUGUUGGAGCGAUCUGGAAUGGAUUACAAUAAUCUCUUCGGUGUAUGGAGUGAGACUAGAGACUUCGAAUAUUUCUUGCGUGGGCGGUAUUAAUAAAUAUAUGCGCUCCGAAUUUGAACCAUUCGGUCAUGAUGGAGGGAAAUGUUGAUAUUUCACCUGGUAUGUUUUCAUAAACGAACACCCGGGGAGUAAUAGCAUCACAUAUAUUGGUGUAGGGUUAUAAUAGAAUUCAAUGAAGACAAUAUCAAUGUUUGAUGAAGAA